UGUGGAAUGGGUUGUCAGACACUUUGAAAAGGAGAAUAUGUGGAUAAGACUGAGCAAGACGGAUGUGCUCCCAUUGAAAGAAGAAGAUGUGCACAGAGUGUAUCAUCUCCCAAUGGCGGGGGAGCAGAUCAACAUUAAACUUUGCUCAGAAGCAGCAAUAAAGAGACUCAGGGUAGAGUUAGGAUUGGAUGGUGAUUAUUCUCCAUUUGUCAAGGCGACAGAGUUGGAGAUAAGACUGAAGAUAAUGGAGAAACCAAAGGCAUGGGUAAAGGGUGCAAUUUGUCUUAUAAUUCACAACAUUUUGUGCCCCACUAACAACAGCUUAGUUUCGCUACAUUAUGCUCAAGUAUUAGAAGAGGCUUCAUCUUAUAACUGGUGCUCCCAUGUUCUCCAAUAUAUGAAAGACGGAUUGCAAAAUCCGGAAGUGGCAAAUCCAUUAGCGGACUUCCACUUCCUAAUGAUUAAUUACAUGGAGAAAAUGGGGAAGAGAAGCCCAUUCCUUACAGGAAAAUACAAGCAGCCAUCGCUUCGUGAUUGGGAUGUCAAGUCGGCAAACCAAAACCUUCAGAAGGUGCAUGAGCUUAUGGGGCUGGAUAAAGGAUUGACAGUUGGGGUCAAAAGACUGCAGACCACCGAUGAUGGUCUGCUUGUAAUGUGUUUUGAUGCAGAUACAUGUCCACUAUCUAAGGUGAGAGAAAAUUAAUGAUAUUCAUGCAAUGUUAAUGUAUAAACCAUUAAUUUAUCUUAAAUGGUUUUAAGAUGUUAUACAG